ACUUGCAACACAUGUCUCACCAGAAGAUCCAAAUAUCUAUUGAUGAACUGUUGGAGACAUUUGUCUUACAAUCGACUCAAUACUAUACUCAAUGAGGAGGAAGUUGUCAAAGACAAGAGUCUAUUACAUGAGAAACGGAGCGAUAAUGGCACGAAAACCCCCAAAAAGACCUCGAAGAAUAUUUUGCCAUCGGAUGAGUUUCACUUAUCUAUUUUGGGCAAUGGAUCCAAAGGCAACCCAAGAGCUCUGUAUGUAUGGACCAAUGGAAACACCUAUCUAUUCAACUGCGGUGAUGGCACACAAAGAAUGGCAAACGAACACAAACACAAAUUGUCAAAACUGGAGAAUGUAUUCAUAACUCGACGGUGUGUUGAAAACAUGAGUGGAUUGAUUGGUCUGGCGCUCACCUGUCAGGACAUCGGUGUCUCUCACAACGGCCUUACACUCCACGGCCCACUGGACACCGAUUGUCUCAUCAAUCGUUAUCACGACAUCUCAGCCGAAGUGAAAAUACAAACCAAUAGUUAUAUUGAUUACAAUUUCGAGGACACAGAUCUUGUGGUCAAAUGUGUACCCAUUUAUCCUUCUGUUGCGGUCGAGAAUAGUGUUAAGACAUCGAAAACAUUAUCAAAAGAUCCAAACGAUAUCUCAUUCGUAUAUAUCUGUAAACUAAAGGACAGACCG